AUGUCAGAAGCUGAGGCAAGCAGUGGGAUGGCCCACAACGCUGGACCUGAUGAGAAGACAUUGCAGGUGUUGCGGAACAUGGCCAACCGCCUGAGAAUCCGUUCCAUCAGGGCCACAAACUCCUGGACCACUAGUUUCCAAUUUAGGGUAGACCCCAGGCUUGACCCAUGGAUAUAUUUUGACAUUGAUCUGAGACUUUGUAGAUGUGGCAAAGAAGAUUUCAUCCAGUGGGAGAUUACCGUUAAUGUGGCAACAGGAUGGCCUGGACAAGGACUAGGGGCUGCCUGUGGGAUGGCAUAUACUGGAAAGUACUUUGACCAAGCCAGCUACCGGGUGUUCUGUCUUCUGGGGCAUGAGGAAUCCACAGAAGGCUCUGUUUGGGAGGCAUUUGCCUUUGCAUCCUACUACAAUUUGGACAAUCUUAUGGCAAUCUUUGAUGUGAACCUCAUUGGACACAGUAGUUCCAUGUCUGUUGAGCACUGCAUUGCCAUCUACCAGAAGCGUUGUGAAGCCUUUGGAUAAUUAUGCCUCUAUUCCUUUUGGAAUACUUAUGUGGUGGAUGGCCGUGAUGUCGAGACCCUAUGCCAUGUAUUCUCACAGGCAGCUCAAGUGAGAGGCAAGCCCACUGCUGUGGUUGCCAAAAUCUUCAAGGCCCGAGGCAUGCCAAAUGUUGAGGAUGCGAAAAGUUGGUAUGGGAGGCCAAUGCCAAAAGAAAGAGCAGAUGCAAUUGUCAAAUUAAUUGAGAGUCAGAUACAGACCAACAAAAUUCUUGUACCAUCACCCCCUAUUGAGGACUCGCCUCAAAUUAACAUCAUGAAUAUAUGUAUGGCUUCAACCCCUGUUUACGUAGCUGAUAAUGUGUCUACUCAAAGAGCAUGUGGUUUGGCUCUGGCUAAACUGGGUCAUGAAAAUGACAGAGUUAUUGUACUGGAUAGUGACACCAAGAACUGCAAUUUUUCUGACAUAUUCAAGAAAGAACACCCAGAGAGAUUCAUCCAGUGUUAUAUUGCUGAACAAAAUAUGGUAAAUGUGGCUCUAGGAUAUGCCACCCGUGACCGGAUCAUUGUUUUUACUUGUACCUUCGCUGCCUUUUUCACCCAAGCAUUUGAUCAGAUCCGAUUGGGAGCCAUCUCUCAAAUCAACAUCAACCUUAUUGGUUGUCACUGCGGGGUAUCUACUGGUGAUGACAAUCCCUACCAUAUGACCCUGGAAGACCUGGCCACGUUCCGAGCAAUUCCUAAUUGUGUUGUUUUCUAUCCAGAUGAUGACGUCUCCAUAGAACAUGCUGUUUACUUAGCAGCCAAUACUAAGAAAAUGUGCUUUAUUCGUACCAGCCAAGCAGAAACUGCAGUUAUUUACACCACUCAAGAAACCUUUCAGAUUGGACAGGCCAAGGUUGUCUGCCAUAGUGACAAUGACAAGGUCAUAGUUAUUGGAGCAGGAGUCACUCUGAAUGAAGCUCUAGUAGCUGCUGAUGAGCUCUCUAAGGAAGAUAUCUCUAUCCGUGCCAUUGACUUGUUUACCAUUAAACCUCUGGACAUUGCCACCAUCAUUUCCAAUGCAAAAGCCAUAGGUGGCCGAAUUAUCACUGUGGAAGAUCACUAUCCAGAAGGUGGCAUUGGAGGAGCUGUCUGUGUAGCAGUCUCUAUGGAGCCUAAGAUUGUAGUUCAUCAGCUAGCAGUAAUGGAUGUGCCUUGGAGUGGAAGAUGCAAUGAAGCACUAGAUUUUUCUGGAAUCAGUUCCAGAUACAUCAUUGUGGCUGUGAAAUGCAUCUUAAUGACCUAA